UCAAAUAGUGUUGCAUAUUUUUGGAUAAUAGGCUAUUUAAAGUCAGAGUACAAAUUUAUUAUAACUGGUGAAUUUUCGAAAAACCUCAUAUUUAAUAGCUGAUCUGUUUUUUACGACCUUUAUGGAAAAGCAACCUUUUAUUAGAUUUUCCGAUUUUGAUAUUGGUGAAAUUAUAUGUUCAAAUUCUUACCAUGAUGGGUGGGUAAAUGAUUCAUCUAUAGCCACACUCACGCCCAUCCCGAAAAAACAGAUGUUAGAUCCUGCAAGAUCCAAUGAGGUCUUACUUCUAUAAGGUUUUUUCUAUGAUCUUGUUACAAUAUCGAACAAUAUCUUACAUGUUCAUUUUUUUAAAGAUGUUCUCAGAUUUUGAUUGUGCGGUGUCAGCAAAUAAUCUUACAAGACUCAAUGAUUAAGACACUGAUUUGGACAGACUGAAUCCUUCUUGUCAGAUCUUAACAGAUCAUAUAAGAUCCAAAAAAAGAAACAUACACGGUACAUAAUGUAGAUCUUGCCUGUUAGUAUUUGAUCGUGUAUGGUCUGUUCUGUUCUUUCCCUUAUUCGAAAAUAGUUGAUUCCAUCAGCUUUCCGAUGAAGAACAGUACCUGGGAAAAAGACUCGAAUAGUUUACGUCAGUUUUUUUCUUCUUUUUCUAUACUAAUAGUGUAGAAAACGGUUAUUUUUAUUUUUCACCUUUCUAUAUUAAUAGAGUACAAAACGGUUACUUGUAUUCCUCAUUUUUCUGUAGUGAUAAAAUAGUAAAUCCUAUUUAUUUUUUAUUUUCUGUAUUGAUAACAUAGAAAAUCUUACUUUUUAUUUUUUAUUUUUCUACAUUGGUAACAAAGAUAACAAUUUGUUUUAUUCUCUAUUUUUUCUAUAUUGUUGACAUAGAAAAAUCUUAAUUUUUAUUUUGUAUUUUUCUAUAUCGACAAUAUAGAAAAAUAAGAAUUAAAACUAACUGAUAUUUAUAUUAUCAAUUAAAAUCAAUAAGAAUUCAAAAAUAAGAUUUUCUAUAUUAUUGUUAUAGAGAUAUCAAAAAUUAAAAUUGAAAUUUUCUAUAUUAUCAAUAUAAAAAAUCAAAAACAAUAAAUAAAAUUUUCUAAACUGCCAAUUUAGAAAAACAAGAAAUGAGAAUUAAGAUUCUUGUAUUAUUGAUAUAGAAAAUAAAAGCAAUAAAACUAACUGUUAUGUAUAUUACUAACAUAGAAAAAUUAAAAUUAAAACUAAUUGUUAUUUAUAUUAUUAAUAUAGAAAAAUGAAAAAUAAUGAAUAGGAUUUUAUAUAAUAUCAAAUAUAGAGCAAAUGUUGACUGUACUUGUUCUAAAAUACGACUGAAGUUUAUGUGGAAAAAAACGAAGCAAGGUAGCCGGUCAGACUGAUUAUUUCCAUGUGUAUAAGAGAUAUUUGAGAAGUUUGAUUUAAUUGAAAUAAAUCUAUAGUAUUAAUAAGCAUCUCAUAUAGCUCUAUGCCAUCAUCUAUAAGUAGAAUACAAAAUUACCUACUAGAAUCUUAUGUCUCACAAUCUCUUUGAUUUAAAAAGCAGAAAGUAUUGUUUUGUUUCUGACUCUCAUCUUCGAGUUGUUUGACACAUAAUUAAAGUUCUCAUACCGUUUUACAUGUAUUUGUUUUUUGUUGAUGGAAGAAAAGAAAUAAUACUAAAAUGUACUUUCUUCCAAUUGUACUGAGACACUAAACAUAUUAAAAAUACAUGACAUUACAUGUAAUAAAAAUGAAAAUUGAUUAAAUAGUAUUAAAUUUAAUCAAGAUCUCGAUUAUAGCUAGAUUCUUCAUAGACAAAUUAAAAAGGAUGAAAUUAUUUAUAAGGAGCUUAUAAAACUGCAUGACAUUUUUUAUUAACUUCAUCGGUUCUGUAACUGUCCAAUCAAGAGAUAAUCAUAGAAGUAUUGUUUCUAGUUUAAAGCUCAAAUCAAUAUCAACCUUUAGAAAAUUCUAGACCAAGAAAAAAAAAAACUUUCUUCUAUGAUUUAACCAGUGCAGAAUGCGAUACAAUAAUAAUUUGAAGAAGAAGUCUUCACACUUAUUGCUAUUGAGAAUAGCUAAAAUCAUGAUGAAAUCUUUUACGAUCGUUGUUCUUUUUGUGAGAAUCCCCAAAAAUUUAUACCUAUUGAAUAAUGUACAAAACAAAAACUUAUAAAGAUUUUGGAUUAAGGUUUUGACAGGAGAUUCGUAUUGUCUUGUAAAGAAGCGAAAAUAUUUAAUUGUAGAAAGUUCGAAAUCGAUCCGUGAUCGAAACUGCUAUUGUUUAAAAAAAACGUGUUCCAUACCCUAUUAAGUUGAAAAUGUGUAAUACAUUAGAAAUGAAUUCAGAAUAAAAGUUUUGAUUGAUUCGUAUAUAGAUUAUUAUUUGUGCUAUAAUGUAGAGUAAUGAACAUGACAGAUUCUUCAAAUAUUCUUGAACUUGGGAAAGAUUUGUUUUUGAGUUCUUCUUAUCUACUAAAAUUUGAACUUACGUAUUUUUUUAUCUAAACUUAUCUUAUUUAGUACUUCGAUUAGCCUUUCUACAAACUACUUGUUUGUUUGAGAUUCAGGAAUAAAUUACUCAAUAAUAAGUAUGAUGCAAAAUUCAUGACAUAAAAUACUUUCCAAUGAUGUAUGAUUUAUAUUUGUCACACAUUCGUAAAUGGAAUAAGAAAGAAAAAUACUUACACAAAAAAUUUGUAAUUUUUUUAUAUGAAUUAGUCAAAAAACGUCUUAUGCAUGGGAGUUAAGUAUAAUUAACUAUCGUUAUUAUCUAGCAAGAUGUUUUUAACGAAUUCAUAUAAAAGUUGCAAAUUUAUUUUGUCUCAUUUCACUCAGAAAUGUGUGACGAACAUAAAUCAUACACCGUUUCCUAUCAACUGAUAACAAAAUUGCUUUCCUUACGUUAAAAUUCUAUUAUAACUCAUUUUAUUGUAAAAUCCAAACAAUAAAAAAUCAAAUAAUUUUUAAAUAUAUUUCAAAAUCGAACUAACGAAAUCAGUGAAUAUGUUGGAAAAAUUCGAUAAAACAGAAAAUUUCAUUCACAAUAAAAAUCCGAGUUUAUCGCAACUUUUCACAUUACCAGUUAAAUUUUAGUUAGUUUUAGUGAAACUAAGGAUUCUUGUACAAAAUAUUUGAAAAAAAUCAACAAUAUUUGUUUUCAACCUUGAGAAAAUCAGAUUCUAAUCAAAUUCACAAGUAAAAAGCUUUUGUAGUUGAGAGCAAUUCAAUACUGUUUAAAACAAAUUACAAUGAUUCAUUUCAAUGAAAUCAAUGUUUAUUUCUACUCCAUACUUUUGUUUUCAUUUUAGUACCACUACGUGCAAGUUCCAUUGAUAUUUCUCCAAAUGCAACAUGGUCACAGAAUGGUAUCACUGUUGCUGGAGGAAAUGGACGAGGCAGUGAAACCAAUCAACUCGAUCGUCCAUAUGGUUUGUACGUCGACGAUGAUCAAACGAUUUAUGUCGCUGAUUGUUGGAAUCACCGUAUUGUGGAAUGGAAAUCUGGUGCAACGAAUGGAAAAGUAGUUGCUGGUGGAAAUGGAGAAGGAAAUGGAGCUCAUCAAUUAAAAUGGCCACGAGAUGUGAUUAUCGACAAAGAGAGCGAUAGUCUCAUCAUCAGCGAUUACGAGAAUAGAAGAGUAGUUCGAUGGCCUCGUCGAAAUGGUACUCGUGGAGAAACAAUUAUUUCAAAUAUCUCUUGCUGCGGUUUGACAAUGGACGACAAUGGUUAUCUGUAUGCCGUUGACGUUGGAAAACAUGAAGUGAGACGAUAUAAAAUGGGUGACACUAAAGGAACAGUGGUUGCAGGUGGUAAUGGAAAAGGAAAUCGUCUCGAUCAACUCUCUUAUCCCCGCUACGUAUUUGUCGAUCGAGAACAUUCAGUUUAUGUGUCUGAUUAUGAAAAUCAUCGUGUAAUGAAAUGGGAAGAAGGUGCAAAACAAGGCAUUGUUGUAGCCGGUGGUCAAGAAAAAGGAAAUAGUCUUACACAAUUGAAUGAACCUCGAGGAGUCGUGGUCGAUCAAUUGGGUACUGUCUAUGUGGCUGAUUUAUGGAAUCAUCGAAUCAUGCGUUGGCCAAAAGGAGCCACACAAGGAAAUAUCAUUGUUGGUGGAAACGGUAAAGGAGCACAGUCGAAACAACUCAAUGAGCCCAUAGGUUUAUCAUUUGAUCGAUAUGGUAAUCUCUAUGUCGCCGAAUGGGGAAAUAAUCGAGUUGGUACACGUCUUUUAUUAAUUCGUGAAAAUUAUGAUAUUAUUUUAUAUGAUGCUCAACAAAACCGCUCAUUAACAAAAGUUCGACCAAAAUUAGAUGGUAAAGAUUGUUGGGGAAAAUUAACUUUUAUUUAUUUACAAGAUCAGAUUCCAAUGCUAUUAGGAGAUUUACUUGAAACAAAUCUACGUGCUAAAUUAAUUUUACCACCAUGUCCAAGAAGUCAACAAGAACUAAAGCAGACACGAAGAGUAUUAAAUGUUCGUGAAAAAAAUCCAAUUGAUGGACAUCCAUUAAAUUAUGAUGAAUAUAAUCCAUUUAAUAUUUGUGCAGCAUCCUAUGUACCACAUUUAUCGUGA